GAAGGUCCCUCAGUCAGCGUCCCGCCGGUCCCCGCGGCACCUGCUGCGCCCUUCCCACGCUUCACGGAUCUACAGCCUCCCCACCUCGGAAAACUACACUCUCCGUCUCCCCCAGGGUUGCCUGUCCUAGGGACGUGAGAAGGCGGGAGAAGAGGGCGAUAGAAAGGGGGUGGGGACGUGGAAAGACAGUCCCAGCCUUCCCCGCCCGCCCCCCCACCCCAACUCGGCAGCCGUCACGUGGUGCCUGGAGUGGGAGGUGGGGAGAAGAGGCGAGACUUUUGGGGUGCUCUGGAUUGCCAGCAGUUCCUUCAGUCUCAGCCGACAACUCCGGAGACGCGGCGCUCUGCCCCGGAGAGCAAUUGAGAGGUACUGCGACCCGCAGUCGGGAGCCCCAGCGCGGGCGAUGCGGGCACCGCUGGCGGCACCUGCGGCUCCUCUCGGCUGCGACGGUCGCCUCGGCGGCAGCAGCGCAAACCACAGAAGCCUCAGCAGCCACAGCCGCUGCAGCCCGGGCAGCGGUCGCUGCCUCUGAGGCGCUCGCCCGCUCCCGGCCCAGAGGCUCCGGGAGGAUGUGGAUCCUCGGCAUCGCAGCAACAUUUUGCGGAUUGUUCUUGCUUCAAGGCUUUGCGCUGCAAAUCCAGUGUUACCAGUGUGAAGAAUUCCAGCUGAACAACGACUGCUCCUCCCCGGAAUUCAUCGUGAAUUGUACGGUGAACGUUCAGGACAUGUGUCAGAAAGAAGUGAUGGAGCAAAGUGCGGGGAUCAUGUAUCGAAAGUCCUGUGCAUCAUCGGCAGCCUGUCUCAUCGCCUCUGCAGGGUACCAGUCCUUCUGCUCCCCGGGGAAACUGAACUCGGUGUGCAUCAGCUGCUGUAACACCCCUCUGUGCAAUGGGCCCCGGCCCAAGAAAAGGAGCAGCUCUGCCUCGGUGCUCCAGCCAGGAUUCCCCACCACCUUCCUGCUCCUCAAAUUAGCCCUCUUCUUGGCGUACUGCUGAAUGAGAUGCCAGCCCCUCCUGCAUUAUUCUUCUGAUCCUCACUCCCCCUGCUCCAUGAGAUCUUCUGGGUGUCCUUUGAGUCUGGGUAGGGAGUCUGCAUUCUCUUUCUUUUAGUUCCUUUGCAAAUAGUGAAAGAGUUCAGUGUAAAACAUUUUUGUAAGCUCUGAAAAAAUUCAGUCUGACUGAAUUUUCAGUGUGUACGUAAAAGAAGGAAGGGGUUGAACUCAAAGUUUCCCCAUCUGUAACCAGUCAAUGUAGCAGAAUCAGCCCUUAGAAGACACUUGAGUGGACAUCUGCCUUUCCCAAGACCACUAGCUUCCACUCCUGUCCCUGAUGGAAGAAGAGAUUAUUUUGUCCCUGCUCUGAGAGGGUAAUGUUUCCAUUAGGGGAGGGCUGGUUAGCACUUGAGACUUUCUUACUUGACAUUCACACUUCAUGCUCCUGAAAACCAUUCUCUGCUGCAGAACCGGCUGGUUUCGUCUCCCACUUGGGCUCUGGCGACUCUGGACUCAAUUGCUGAGUCUUAGACUCGGACUUGGCUUCUGCCUCUCUCUGAAAAGUGCUUAAAACAACCUCGUUAGUUCUCCUUACAGAGGAAUUGCUCCUGGAAGCAAUGAAGAUCAACGGACGGCGCACAGAACGGGCGCUGUCCGUGGUGGAAGAAGCUAGGCUGCGCAAGCGCUUCUCCUGGUUGGCGUGCUGCAGGGUCAGGCGGCAGCGCAGUACCUGCCAGAACACCCUACGGAACUGCUGCGAGGACACGUUGUAUAGCAGUGGGUUGAUGACCGAGCUCAGGUAGAAGAAGGUGUCUGAGAAAGGGAGGAGGAUCAUGUAGGCCUCGAAGUAGGACUUGGUCCAGUCGUGCUUGGGUCUGGAGGCAGCCAUGAUUCUCCGAACCUGGUUAGGUAGCCAGCAGAUGGCCAGUGUCACCACGAUCAGCCCUGAGCAGGCAGGAAGUGGGAGAGAAACAAUAAUACAGCAUGAGAACAGCAACAAAAAACACAGAAUAUUUAGCCCCUCAGUUCUGUACUUACUGGCCAGGAAACAGUACCAGUUUUUCAAUGUUGUGUUUGACAGCUUCUUUUGCCACUAGCAAAAAAGAAUUUAACACCAUUUCAGGGCUGUAGGAGUUGACUGUGUUAAAGACCAUUAAACGCUUUAGACAAUUUAUUUAUACCUGUUAAUGCCUGUUAAUUAAAAAAAAAAUGUUUUCAUUGUU